AUGGAUUAUACGGAUAAUGCCUUAUUAUCAGACUGCGCAGUUUUAGUCCUCAAAGGUUCAUCUUCAAGUCUCUCUGCUGUUCUCCAGCCUCCUGUAUCAGAUCCUGUUGAACUGGGAGGAGAUACAACUUUGCAGUGUUCAAUACUCACAGAUACGUCUGCAGGAGAACACAGUGUGUACUGGUUCAGACAUGGAUCAGGAGAAUCUCAUCCAGGAAUCAUUUACACUCAUGGAAACAGGAGUGAUGAGUGUAAGAAAAGCUCUGAGACUGAUUCUCCUACACAGAGCUGUGUCUACAAACUCCCCAAGAGAAACCUCAGCCUCUCUGAUGCUGGAACUUACUACUGUGCUGUGCUCAUGUGUGGAGCGAUCAUCUUUGGGAACGGAACUAAACUGGACUUUGUAGAGAAAGGUGUUUUGGACCCGACCAUUCUUGGUUUAGCAGCAUCAAACAUCAUAUUCAUGGCUGUGGUUUUAUUUCUGUGCAGAAAAUUACACAACAGUCAUCAUAAAGAUGCUGCUGCAGAUUACAGAGUUCAGAUAAAUCAGGCUGAAAACACUGACACCUUGAACUACGCAGCUCUAAGCUUUGCUCAGUCUUCCUCCUCAAGAAGAAGCAGAACAAAGAACAGCAGUGAUCAGCCUGUGUACGCACAGGUAAAGACCCAUCAGUAGAAACAACAUCAGAGACAAUCAAACCUGGAGACCUACUGUCAUCAUAACUACUCUGUAAGCAGUGUUCAUUUCACACAGACUCAUGUAGAAUGUCAUAAUUACGGUAAAUCACCGUACCUCU